ACUAUACUAUACUAUACUAUACUAUACUAUACUAUACUAUAUGAAUCAAAUUCUUCUUAGAUUUACUGAGUUCCUGCAGUUUUCUGGCAGUAAUUCCUGUUUAGUGUUUUUCAGUCACUACAUUCACAGGAACUGCCACAGGUUUGUUGACUUCGGGGAAAGGGGAAGACAAUAAGUUUCUUUUGGGGUGUAACAAAGACUGCCACAAAGCAAUUUCUAACUCUCAAAAUGCAGAAUAAAAUUUAGAACUUAUCUGCUGUGCACAAUUACAGGGUUUUGCUGGUUUUCUUUAGAAAGCACGUCCAUGGAAACUGGUCACAGCAAACGAAUAUAGUUCAUAUUGCCAUUCUGAUUCCUUUUACCACAUCCCUAAAUUCAUUCCAAAGAAAGCAGUGUUGUGUUGAUUUGGAGGCGAUGUCAAAACAGGGGCAAAAAUCAAAAGAAAGCAAUGUUGAAACAAGGAAAAUAUUACUUAGGCACUCUUCUCUUACCAGCAAUGCUGCAGUGAACAAAUAAGUCAUUGAGCACAGAUUAGUAUAGGAAAAAGCUCACCUGCUCUCAGUACCCUCUGUUUAUUUCCCUCUAACUCCUUUGGCCCCUUCCCUUGCUUGGAGCAGUCAUCCCCCCCCUCUUCCUUUAAGUCCCUCCUUUUAACACAUUCUAUUGCAAACCUUUCCCUGUUGACUGAAUCUAAUUUUGCCAGCCAUGUCUGCUAAACCAUUUCUUCAUCUCUGCUAAUCUUUUUUCUAAUUACUGGUUCCCCCACCUCCACUGUCUUACUGAAGUUUUGCUACAUGUUACACAUGGAUGAUGCUGUGACAGCGCUGUGAACAUUUGUAAUGACCUCCGAAUGUACCAGCAACUGGCUCUAGUUUAACAGCUGCAGAAUUGUGCAAGAAAGCUGGCCUGAACUAUGUUUGCUGACUGACCAUUCCCAAGAGGCUUCCUCGUUGUUGGCAUAAACCUUAUCAAAUUACUUGGUUAUCAUGUAGGAGUGCCCAAACAUUUUGGGUUGCCCUAACUUACUUUGCCCUGGUCAUGUUCCCCACACCACACUGGCCACAGCUGAUUGGAGUUUGUAGUGUAAGACAUCGAGGGCACCAGGUUGGGGAAGAUUGCAUUAGUCUGUGAUGGCUGAAUUACUCUUGUGGUAGGGAAGUUUGUACCAUCAGGGCACCUUCCCACCCACUCCAUCCCUUGUUGUUUAGCACUGCCUCAUUUCUCAGAAACAAAACACAGCUUUCUUUGGAAAGGAUUUUUGGAGGCAUGUGGCGAAAGCAACCAGGAAGACCACGAUGAGCCAUGUCCGUUGUGGCUUUUUUUCCAUGCACAUCCUUUCCAAAGGGUUCUGGAUUUAUGCCCACAGAACUGUGUCCCUAGCAUGGAUGACUAUUUCAGUUUGUGUUUUCCAGUCCAUCAGUUAAAUUCCCAUUCAUAGCUUUGUGGGCACCUGCGAAAGUAAAAGAGGUAAUCUGAGUAGAUGUGUGCAAUGAAGCCUUCCUGAAAGGGUGCUGGACUUUGCUGUGUCUGAACAACACACAUGCUGUGGUAGGGAAUUGAGAUUCAAGUAAGGCUUUUUAACAAAGUCCCACAUAAUAUUACAGAGAAGCUGGCAAAAUGUAAGCCAGAUGAGUAGUGAGUGCUGCAGGAGACAGAAUCAGGAAUCAAUUUGACCUUAACAGAUUGGAGAACUGGGCCAAAACUAACAAAAUGAGAGUUAGACUAUGUUCUGCACAUAGUCAGGAAUAACCAGCUGCACAAAUAUAAGUUGGGGGACACCUGGAUUGCCCAUAGUUUCCUUGAAAAUGAUAUAGGGUCUUAGUAGAUCACAAGUUGAACGUGAGUCAACAGUGUGAUGUAGCAGCAAAAAAAAAACUAAUGCUGUUCUAGGCUGCAUCAACAGAAAUCAAGUGUCCAGAUCAAGGGAAGUAAUAGUACCACUCUAGUCUGUUUUGGUCAGACCCCACCUGGAAUACUGUGUCCAGUUCUAGGCAACACAAUUUAAGAAGGAUGUUGCCAAGCUGGAGAGUAUGCAGAAGAGGGCGACCAAGAUGAUCAAGGGGCUGGAAACCAAGCCUUAUGAGGAAUGGUUGAGGGAAUUGGUUGUGUUUAGCCUGGAAAAAAGGAGCCUGAGAAGAGAUAUGAUAGCCAUCUUCAAAUAUCUAAAGGGCUGUCACAUGGAAGAUGGAGAAAUCUUGUUUUCUCCUGCUCUGGAGGAUAGACCCAAUCCAAUGGCUUCAAAUUACAAGGAAGGAGAUUUUGGCUAAACAUGAGGAAGAACUUUCUGACAAAGCUGUUUAACAGUGAGUGGAAUGGACUCCCUCGGGAGGUGGUGGACUCUGCUUCAUUGGAGAUUGGAUGGCCAUCUGUCAUGAAUGCUUUCAACUAAAGCACCACUCUGCAUUGCAGGGGGUUGCACUAGGUGGCCCUUGGUGUCCCUUCCGACUCUACAAUUCUAUGAUUCUAUGAAAUGCGACUCCUGCCAUUCCUGAUAUGAAGAGAGCAGAGGGGAGUUGGGUGACUAGUUCGACCCAGAAGAUACUGCAGACCUCCUGACAGAGACAAGCAUCCUCCAUCCCCACCAUAAUCCCAGAGUUGGCAGCCGCAGCUGCUGCUACCCAUUAUGUGUUUACUUAAGCCGUGACUCAAGCGACGGACCAGAUGUAGUGCCAGACACUGAUCUGACCGCAAGUCAGAUCCAGCCCAUGAUUCUGACAUGGUCUUUGCCUCAUGUCAGUUUCAAAAAAGUGAAAAGCAAAACACAUAUCCACUCCUUUCAAAUACACAGCUCCCAGCACAGGACUAGGCUCAGCAAACUUGAGACACGGGAGCCAGCUGUGAAGUGAAGCAGUGAGAAUUUGCUACACGCAACAAACACCUGCAAAGUGCCAAAAUGACAGGCAACAGCCCUCAGGACAGGUAUAAGGCUGUCUGGCUGAUCUUUUUCAUUCUCGGCCUUGGGACACUUUUGCCAUGGAAUUUUUUCAUGACUGCUACGAUGUACUUUACUAGCCGCCUGAAGGAGGAUACUUACAACAAUGUGUCCUUCAUUGAUCUCCAUAUGAACAUGAAUGACACAGAGAUUGAGAAACCUCCUCCCACACACUUGCAGUCCAUAUUCAACAACGUGAUGACACUCUGUGCCAUGUUGCCUCUACUCAUCUUUACCUGCCUCAACUCCUUCAUCCACCAGAGGAUCCCCCAGCAAGUUCGGAUCCUAUGCAGCCUGGUGGCUAUCCUGUUGGUCUUCCUGGUAACAGCCAUCGUAGUCAAGGUCUCCAUGGACCCUUUGCCCUUCUUCAUUAUCACCAUGGUCAAGAUAGUCUUCAUCAAUUCCUUUGGUGCCAUUCUCCAGGGCAGCCUCUUUGGACUGGCAGGACUCCUGCCUGCCAGUUACACAGCACCUAUUAUGAGCGGGCAGGGCCUCGCAGGGACAUUUGCGGCUCUGGCCAUGAUCUGCGCUAUCGCCAGUGGCUCUAAACUGGAAGACAGUGCCUUUGGUUACUUCAUCACCGCCUGUGUCGUGAUCCUGAUGGCCAUUGGCGCCUAUAUUGUGUUGCCUCGUCUGGACUUCUUCCGCUACUACUCCAUGAAGGAUAAGACAGAAUAUCGGGCCCAUGAGGCCUACUCUGAGGUGGAAACCAAGAUGGACCUCAUCAAGAAAGAUGACCUCAAUGGUAUGGAACCCCCACAUGCUGCAAAUGGGGCCUCCCGUGCGCUAGACCACAACCCUUCAGUAAUGAGCAUUUUCAAAAAGAUCUGGGUCAUGGCCGCUUGUGUCUGCUUUGUCUUUACUGUCACUAUUGGGGUCUUCCCAGCUGUCACUUCUGAUACAAAACCAACCAUUGCAGGAAAGACACUUUGGGCUGAUUACUUUACAGCAGUCUGUUGUUUCCUGAUGUUUAAUGCCUUCGACUGGGCAGGUCGGAGCCUUACAGCUGUCUGCAUGUGGCCUGGGAAGGACAGCCGCCUGCUGCCCAUCAUGGUGGUUUCCCGUGUGGUCUUCAUCCCCCUCUUCAUGCUGUGUAAUGUGUACCCACGCAGUCACCUGCCUGUCCUCUUUGCCCAUGAUGCCUGGUACAUCGUCUUCAUGUUCUUCUUCUCCAUCUCCAAUGGCUACCUGGCCAGCCUCUGCAUGUGCUUUGGACCCAAGAAAGUGCUGUCCCAUGAAGCAGAGACCGCUGGGACCAUCAUGGCAUUCUUCCUCUCGUUGGGCCUGGCCUUGGGGGCUGUCCUUUCCUUCCCAAUCCGACUAGCCAUCUAACAGACACACUCUGAGUGCUUUGCGGGCAGAGGAUCAGCUCAGAGAGGCCACAGUGCCAGGGAAGAUGUUUUGCCUGCUGCCCGGGAAUUCACUGCCUUAGCUGACUCAAGCACUUCUUGGCCUGCAGUGGGGCUGCACUAGCGGCCUGGCUCCUCUUCUGUGCAAUACGCCCAGCCUUCCCAUCUCUUCUACUGCCAGCUGUGAAUGACCUCCACUUCCAAGGAUUAUGCCAACCCUCCGCGGUCCGGUUGACAUCGGGAUAUUUGUCUGUCCUGCCUCCCAAACCCAGGACCAUUUACCGUGUUUCCUUAUGCGGGGACUGGCUUAAGACUGUCUGCCCUACUUCUAUUUUUUUGAACACCAUUGAAGUCUCCGCUGCUCUGUAAAAGGGAUUCUUCCCCUGCACCUCACUGCCACUUCAGUCUCCCAUCCCUGCUUUGGUUGGAAGGACUUGCUCUGCUCCUAAGUGUCCAAGCUUCUCUGGCAUCUGCUUUGCUAUCUGAUGGGGGAAAUCCAAAUGAUUUUGGCAAUAAUUACAGGUUAUACCCAGAGUUCUGUCAAUCAGGUGUCAUGUCCUGCCUCUCUUGAGGUGGACUUCUGGCACUCCCAAGCCACAUUUCCCCAAGGCAUAGAUGGUUUCUGUCUAGAGCAUGGUAAAAGUGCCAAGUCGAAGGAGGAGGACCUUGGCUACUCCUGACCCAUAACUGGCAGAAGUGUGUGAAUAUAUAUAUUAUACAUAUAUGACUGAGCAAGCCAAUGGUGGAGUGUAUUGCUUUGGAGAGCCAUAGUCCUGGAACCUCGAAUUACUCCCUAUUACUUUGCCUUUGUAAAUAUACGUGUGCAUUUGCCAUUUUGUAUACAAACAGAACAUGCCCCGGUUUUAAAACUGCCUCCAUGUCUUUGACAACUUUCUACUCACAUGGUCACCAGGUGGCAGCACCAAAGGAGUGCAUUUUAAUGCAUGGAAUUCAGGAAAUGCUAUAGUGGACGGCAGACCUCAUCCCAUACCCUCCCCUGCCCUGGUUGUUUAGAGCAAAGGCCCAAGGCACUUGCAAUCUAUUCUCAGCUUGUCUCCUGCCCUCCUUGGAUUUAUAAAGCUCAGGAUUGUA